AUGGCCCAUCAACCCGGCAUUUCUGCAAAGAAGCGGAGCCGAGCCCUUCCGACAGCUGUGGUGAUAUGCGUCGGUGUGGCUUUCGCGGUGUCCCGCGCAGGCGAGGCCUUUGCCGGGACUUUUCAGCGCCUGCAGCUUCGAAACUCCAUUCCGAACUACGGGCGCAUGCGGGGCAUGACGCCCACGCUCAGGCUGGCACAGGAGUCGGAAGUGAAAGAAGAGAUCAGAUGGCUUGAUCCUCUUGAUGAGAAGGCCGAAGAGAUUACGCCGGCAGAAGAUGCUACAGUUCUGCCAGUCUUUCCCCUUGGCGGCCCGUUCAUGCCCUACACAAAGCAGUCCCUUCAGAUCUUUGAGCCCCGGUACCGGCAGCUUUAUGACAACAUCUUGCUGUCCGGAUCGCGGCGUUUCGUGGUCUGUCCGGUAGACCCAAGGUCCGAGGAUUCCCUUCGCCUCGGUGAGGUGGGAGUGGUCUUCUAUUUGGAUGACCUCAAGGAUUUGUCGGAGCAAACCCAAGACAGGGUGAAGUACGUCUGUGAGCACAGCGUCAUCGGCCGGGUGAAGCUGAAGCGCGUCCUGAACCCGGCCGACUGGUUCUCUCGCUCCACAUACCUGCGAGCUGAGACCGACCCAGUUGAAGACACAGACACCGAUGUGGACUCCUCACUGCUGGAGCAGGAGGUGAUGCAGCUGAUGAGAGACCUGGUCCCUUUGUAUGGGGAGCUCGGUCAGCCGACCUACGACGUGAGCCUCCUUGAGCGCAGGAACUCCAGCAGAGCAGAGGAGGGAGGGCUCUGGAGCCUGGGUGAGGUUUGGGUGCAGCUCCUUGGGGCGCAGCUACAGACGAAAAGGAAGCUUUUCGAGGGUCGGCUGCAGGACAUUCUUCGCUCCUAUGCGAAAUCGGGUCAGACUGAGCUUCGCAUAACAGAUCUGCCUCCGGAGGCCUUGGCAGACAUCAAAAGGUUGGAGCAGGAAUUCCAAGCCAUGGGCAACAAGAUGGUGAUGCAGCAACUCGAAUUCGGCCAGUUGCUGAUACAGACAGAUUCCCACAGAGGACGUCUUGAGCAAUUCAAGAGUGCCCUCGAUGAGGAGUACCGCAAGCUCAUAGCCCAAAAAUCUUUGAAGCAUCUCACCCAUCCAAGUGGUACUGUAGGAAAGGACUGCGGGGCAGAGCAGGCCUUCAAAGGGCCGCAAAUCGCUGUCGCCGUGAUGAGGCAGGAGAUUGAAAGGCAGCAGGUGGACGUGAGCCCGAGUCGGCGCCAUGGAGCCACCAGUUCCCAUUUCAGGAAGGGAAGUCCCAGACGCCACGGCGCUGCCACCAGCGCAAACUGGCGAGCCUCUGGGAGCCCACGACGCAGUGGAAGAAGCCCUUCCAAGCGGGCCGGCUACGGAGGCCAGUUUGGCACCGGCGGCUACGCCACGGGCUACAGCCCGACCCCAUCGAAGACUCUGCAAGGCGUGGGCUACGAUGAACCAGUGGACCUGACCGGUGACAUUGACGGAGGACUGCAUUGUUGCUUCCUCGAAGUUGCAAACCUGCACAGGUCAUUGGUCAAGCAUGAUUUUUGCGCUGUUGACUAA